UAGCGUAAUCUUCUGCUUCAACUGUAGGUGGCUGGCCCCGAACAUGGCAAUGUAUCAUUCGUGCACGCUGAGCAAAGAACACAUCGUUUUGCUUCUAAGAGAACAGGCCGCCGCAGUUCAAAGGAACGCGUAGCGAGCGCUCUACUUUUUCACUCGGAGUGGCUCCACCGCGCGCGCGCGCGCGCUCAAGAUCGCGGAACAACACAGCACCGGAGAAAGUAGAUCCAUCCAGCGAGCAAAGGCCAGCCGAGGGAGAUCGUGUGGCAGCCAUCUCGCGUCGCCACGAAAACACGACAGUCGUUCGUCAUGCCUUGGAUAUAACAACAAAUCCUCCACGGCACCCGCUUUAUAUAACGCAAGAAGGCAGCUGCAAGGACACGAGGAUGUGAAAGAGCCAGUGCAGCGCGACUUCACGUAGUGUAGAGGAGCCAAUGCCAAAAAAUCAAAAUACAUUGGCAUGUUAUUUGGACAAGAAAACUAGUAUGGACAACCCAGGACGUGCAUUUCUCAGCACCCAGUCAACUGCCAAAAGUGACUCAAACACAGGCCACCACACCAUUGGAACUGGUGGCUGCGUUUUCAGAAGGAGAAGUGCACUUGACACUGUAUAUGUGGAACUCGGCUGUACCACUGCAGUGCUGCGGAAAUUGCCUUCACCAGCGGCUUUGCAACAGCUGUUUCGCAGCAUGUCGGAGACAAUGCCUACGAAAUUAUUGGCCCUGAUCAUGAGAGCCCUCAAGGGGCAAACAACAUCUCUGUUGCAGAAGUGAGCCCGGUACCACUUGGAAGUUACCAUGACAGAUGACACGGCAGCAAUAGAUACAGAGACUGCCACGUCUACUGCAGCUGCAACAGUGUACGAGGCAAGCAGCAGCGCGUCAGCAGCAGUGUCAGAAGGAACCACACCAGGCCUGGUAGAGCAACAUGUGUGCUAUCACUGACUUUUUUUGUAGUGGAUACAACUCAUUUGCUCAACAUACAAAAGCUUUUCACCACAACUGUGAGCCAGUGUUAUUGUGCAGCAAGUGCAAGACUAAGUUAAGUGUUAUAACACAGUACAAGCAUCACUUUAACAUAUGAAAACAUCUUACAGUUGUUGCCUCCCCAGCCAGCCCACAUAGCCACAACAAUGUUGAACACAUGGUGGGACACACAUCUUCUCCAUUAGAAGAUAGUAGAGACUGUCAGUGUUGUUGUUAGAUUAACUGGUCUUUGUAGGCAACUAGGACAACACAGGUGUCAUAAGAUUGUUGUUGAUGUUGUUGUUGAAGAGGUAAAAAAGAAGUUUGAUGCAGCUGAAGUGCCAACUGAUAUUGAGCAAAUCAAAAGCAACCACCUGAGAAAGCAACACUAUCGAAAUUUGGGUAUCUAUGUGCCGCCAACUCUGGUAAGAAUGGCAUAGGACAGAAGUGUGAUGAAAAUCACACAGACACUGCUGUUGCAUCACUGGCCACAGUGAGCAGCGACUUGUAGGGCAAGAGAGUCAACUGAAACUAACAUUAUGAUAUAGUGUCAUGCUCCCAUGUGACCACUUUUCAAGUUAUUUUGCAAGAUACAGCUCAACCUCCAGAAACGAGACUGCAAGUUGUCUGUAAGAAAGCUUUCACAAAAAAUUAUUCAUAACACCAUUAACAUAGCAGUAUCUUUUUUUUUGUGUCGGUUCGAGGUUCCCGGCUGUCCAUUAAUGUAAAAAUUGAGGAAAAAAAGAACAUGUGUCGUACUUACACCUUUUUAACAAGUACGAGGGGGACAGAACUUUUCUAGUCAUGCAUCUUCAUCAUACUAUCAAGUUUUUAAAUGCCUUUUAUAAUUAUUAUUAUCAGUUAUAUCUGAGUGCAUUGUAUGCAUGUAGCAGGUGUAAAAUCAGGUCAGUUGGUUCAGAUGCCUUAUCUGCAAGCGAGCCCUAUAUUCAAGAAAUUUGAAAUAAAAUAGUUACGUUAGAGACGCAGUCUUUCAGCACUUUAUUGCCUGUGGUUUAAGCAUUGCUCAAUACUUUUGUGGGUGGCAAUUUCAACCGGCACAGCACUGCGCUUUGUCACAGUCACAUUUGUCUUCAAAGCGGUGUUUACCAUUUGUGUUGAUCUGUUUGUGUAUGCAUAGAGCAAGUUUUUAAUUUAUAUUUUUCUGCAUUCUUGUGCUUGCACUAAGCUUAUAUAAGGCAGUUACAAAAUGUGCGGCACUAUAACGAACUGUUCUGUUGAGCUUACACUUGCAAAUAAUCGUGUUCAGAUGGCCGCACUUCUAUGCGGGUGCACCGCUAGCUUUGUGUAUGUUCUCAUGUUUGUAUAAAGCUUAUAUAAGCUAGUUAGAAAAUGUAUGUCACUAAGCAUUGUGAUAUUCUUUAAAGAACUGCUUGGUUGGUUUUACACUUGUGAAUUAGUAUUGAGGCGGUGGUAUUCCCAUGUAUGCCCACUGCUAGCUUUCUGUGUCCUCACGUGUUUGUAUUAAGUUUCUACAAGGGAGUUACAGCAUGUACGUCACUAAGCGCUGUGAUAUUUUUUAAAGAACUGCUUUGUUGGUUUUACACCUGUGAGUAAUAGUACUCGGGUGGCACUAGUCAUGUGUAGGUACACAGGGACCAUUUGUAUACAUUAUGCUCAUGUAAAGCAGUUACAAAGUGUAUGUCACUAAUUACUGUGAUAUUUGUUGAAUUGCUGUGAUGGUUUUACACAUGUGAAUUAUAGUGGUCAGGACACAGUACUUGCGGUGUAUAGUUGAAUUUAUACACUGCCAAGACAUGGGCUGUAUACGUACCAAAAGAAAUGUAUGUCAUUAUAUUGUUGUGAUUAUUACUGUUUGGAUUUUAUUAAACUGUAAUAAAAUUGUUUCUUGUA